AUGCCUCCCUCCCAAAACGAUAUCGCUAAGCACUUCCGCAACCUCCACAAUCCCCAAGACCCUCUCAUCCUCACGAAUGUCUGGGACGCCAGCACCGCCUCAGCCAUCGCCUCGCUUCCCACAACCCGCGCUAUCGCUACAGCCUCCUUCGCCAUCGCAGCCUGCCUCGGUGUCGACGAUGAAAACCUCACGAAAGCCCAGAACCUGGCCGCCCUGAAGAUAAUCGUAUCCGCCGCCCACCGCAUUAACCCUGCCCUGCCCGUCACAGCCGAUCUGCAAGACGGCUACGACAAGGACCUCCCCAGCUUGGCGGCGACGGUCAAGGAGGCUAUCGCUCUAGGCGCAGUGGGCUGUAACCUGGAAGAUAUGGAUAAUGCGGCCGGUACUUUGCGGCCGCUAGACGAGGCUAUUGCGCGCGUGAAGACCGUGGUUGAGGCAGCGAAGAAGGCCGGGGUUCCUGAUUUCGCGCUAAAUGCACGGACGGAUGUGUUGUCUCAGGAAGGGACUACAUUGGAUGAUGCGAUUGUGCGUGGAAAGGCGUUUUUAGAAGCUGGGGCUUGUACGGUGUUUGUUUGGGGUGGGCCUAAGGGACGGGGUGUGUCGAAGGAGGAGGUGAAGGUUUUGGUGAGGGAGUUCGAGGGGAGGGUGAAUGUGAUGAUGCUUUUGGGAGAAGGGUAUUUGGGAGUACAAGGGAUUCGGCAGUUGGGAGUUGCAAGGGUGAGUAUUGGGCCGGGGUUGUGGAUGUGUGCAAUGAAGGCGGUUAAGGAGCAGGCCGAGUUGUUGGCCUGA